AUGGAAGAAAAGAAUAUAAAGCUAAGAUGGAGAGAUCAAAAAACUCUUGAGUCUCCACAUGGUAAAACUGUAGAAUUUGAAUGUAAACCUGGAUAUGACUUUCCUUAUGGCACUGAAAUGAGAGUUCAAUGUAAAAAUGGCAGGAUGGAUUAUCCAAGAUGCUACAAUAUGGCAAUCGAGUGUGGUGGACCUAAUGGGCACAGAAGGGAAUGUGGAUUUAAUGGGAUUAGUCAGAUUGACUGCAAAAGGAGAAACUGCUGCUUUGACUCCCGUAGUUCUGCAACAAAGUGCUUCUAUACUAAGACACAAAAUGAGGCCCAGUGUGGUAUGAGCCCCUUUAAAAGAAGAAUGUGUGGUGAGCCCGUAGCUAACGCCAGAGCCUGUUAUGACAGAGGAUGCUGCUUCAACUCAAGUCUUCCCAGAGAUAAAUGGUGCUUCGCUCCAGAAGAUUCGACAAAUGAAUGUGGAGGAACUCCUCAUUUAAGAAGAGAAUGUGGAGAGUUUGGUAUUACUCAAUAUGAUUGUGAAAGGAGAAACUGCUGUUUUGACUCAAGUCUUAAAACCAGUGAGGUGAAGUGGUGCUUCCAUAAAUGGUCACAAAAGCUACCAGAGUAA